AUGUUUAAUAUGCUCUAUACUGUGUCGUUUCAGGAUGCGUUAGUAAAAUGGACGUUUGUGAUAUUUGUAUGUUUACAAGCCAUUCAGAGCCGAGCGCAGAUGGCGAUGGGUUACGGUGGGUAUGGAGGCGUGAUGAUGCAGCCGCCGGUGGCCAUGCCGAUGCCUGUGCCCGUCGGCGUGCCCAUGGCAUACCCACAGCAGGAUCAGACCACCACUACCACCAGGACAACCAGAAAUGGUGGAGGUGGAGGAGGAGGCUAUGGGACUAUAGUUAUACCAAUACCGCAAUUUGUUACUGUUACGUUCAAAAUUCCCAAUGCCAAUGACGGCCGAGACAAUAACCAAGACUCCUGUGAAAACCACAAAAAAAGAAAGAAGGAUAGAAAGUGUCAGAAAUGUCCACCGUGUUCUUGUAACCCAUGCACGCCGGUAGUCUUCGCGUUUUGUUCACCUUGCCAUGAUCAGUGUAAGUGUAAGGGCGACGAGUCGUCUGAAAGGCGCCGAACGUCAACACCAUCAGCACCGAACGGAAACGCCUAUCCAAUGCCCUACCCACCUGUUAUAUAUCUACCUCUGCCAGACUUCAAUAAAAACAAUGGCAAGCGACCGGGUAACAAGUGUCCGAAAUGCGAGUCUUCUAGUAGCUGCAGCAGUUCAACUUCGUCCUGCGAGGAGGACUCUUGCAACAGUCGCGGUCGAGGCAAGAAAAAGAAUCACGAUCACCAUCGUGGUCACAAGAAAAAAGUCCCCUAUGACAUAUGUAGGAAAAAUGGUGAGUGUGGCGAUAAUAGUCAAGAGCUGCGAAGGUUCCAAGUCAAAAGAGGUCCUCAGGUGGCUAAAAAGCGAAAACCAAAUUAUAAGAGCUCCGAAUCGGGUCUAGGCUGGGAUGAGGAAUACUAUCGGCAUGACAGAGACGAAACGAGACGAGGCGGGACAAGACGAGGCGCGGCGCGGCGAGGCGAGCCGAGACGAGGCAAGAUGAGAUACUGAGAGAUACCGAGUCUGACAGCAACCUCAACACCAGGAUCGAACAAAACUGUUUGCUGACAUGACAAGAGCUCAUCGUUAUUUUUGUGUUUGAUAAACGAAACAGGUUAUGUAAUUGUGAAAACAAUGUAAAUAUUUAAUUUAUUCAGUAUAUGUAUAAUAAUAAAAUUUGUUACAUAAUGUUUGUUCUCAUUGCAUUUCUACAUUUAAAGACAUGGGCAAAUUAGUUUGAACAAUAAUUUCAUGCUGAUACAGAACUGUCUUAUCCAAUAUAGGUCCAACCCAUGUAGAAUAGAAUUCGUAACGUGUAUCAUAUCAUAAAACAAAUUCUAUCUUUUGUUAAAGCGCUGACAAAGAUCGCCUUUUUUUUGGU